AAGAGGUCGUCCUCGCUCUUCCUCACUCAUCAGAAGAGAUCUAAAGUCUUCUCUUUGAUUUUCCCUUGGUUUUGUUUCAUCAACCAGAUUACAGAGACAAGAGAAUUGUCGAAAUAGGGUUCGAUUUUCGGAGUUUGAGAGAAUGGAGGAUAAAACAAUAUUGUUUUUCUUGUUAUGUUGUUUGAGUAUUUUACAAUUAGGGCAAGGAAUAUGGUUAAAUCUACCAGCUUCAGGAACAAAAUGUGUAUCUGAAGAAAUUCAAACUAACGUUGUUGUAUUGGCUGAUUAUACUGUCAUAUCUGAAGAUCAUCAGAAUAUGCAAACAAUCUCCACCAAGGUUACCUCACCAUAUGGGAACACACUCCAUUCUAAGGAUAAUGUAACCAACGGUCAGUUUGCAUUCACCACCAGCGAGGCGGGUAACUAUCUGGCAUGUUUCUGGGUGGAUGACCAUCAUAAAGCAGUAGCUGGAGUAAGUGUCAACCUGGACUGGAAGAUCGGUAUUGCAGCAAAGGAUUGGGAAUCAGUAGCACGAAAAGAAAAAAUCGAGGGUGUUGAACUUGAACUAAGAAAACUGGAAGGUGCAGUGGAGGCCAUCCAUGAGAAUUUGCUUUAUCUUAGAACCAAGGAAGCGGAGAUGAGGGAAGUGAGUGAAAUAACAAACACACGGGUGGCUUGGUUUAGCGUCAUGUCUCUCGGUGUUUGCAUUGGAGUUUCGGCUUUACAACUGUGGCAUUUGAAGCAUUUUUUCCAGAAGAAAAAGCUUAUCUAAAUUUUGACUGUAUACUUGAUAUCUCUUACUUUUCUGCUUAUUCAAAAACAGAAAAACCAAAGAAAGUAAAAAUCUCGACCUCUGGAUGUUUUAAUAUUGACAAUGAAAUGCUAGGCUGAUGUUAUAACUCUUUGUACUAGACUUUCUGCUUUUGUUUCUCAAAGAAAUUACGAUGUCAAGUAUAAUUAGGGCUUUAGUUUAUUUUAUUUGAUCUAAUGAAUGAAAACAGUCAUA